CUCCACUCCUGCUGUAUAUCUGCGUUCCAGACUUUGUGCCAAGUCCAGCGUUUCUGUGAAGCGCUGGGAAUAAAACUGGUACACCUGUUCAGGUCGUCAAGGCUGCACGACAAUUCCUCUCUGCAAAUAAACGUGGAAAAAAAAAGAAGCAGAGCGCAGCCGUCCUUCAACGGCGCUGCGUCACCGCUCAAGGUUUCGGACGCAGCGCGCCUCCUCCUCGCCCGAGAGAUAUAAAAGCGCGCGCGCUCCAGCUUCUCCAACCCUGAGCGUCUUCAGACGGAGAGUGCAGCCUCCUCCUUCUCCUCCUUCUCCUCCUCCAUUGCCCGCGGCUCUCUCUGCUUCUCUUUCAGACUUUUAAUCCAAACACAUGCGCGCCAGAUGCGUCUGGAGCGCAGUCUGCUGACCGGUCGCUCAGCUUGCUGACGAACUGGACGAAGCUGAGCGCCAUGGACGCGAACGGAACCCUGACGGAGCGGAACUUCUCCAAGUUGCGCGCCCUGACGCAGCAACUUCUGGCCAACCACUCGGCGCCGUUCCACGCCAACGCUACCGCGCCUCAGGAGGACCUGGACGUGAACACGGAUGUGUACUCCAAAGCGCUGGUCACCGUCAUCUACGUGCUGCUCUUCGCGGUGGGCUGCCUGGGCAACUCCAUCACGCUGUACACGCUGCUGACCAAGAAGUCGCUGCAGAACCUGCAGAGCACCGUGCACUACCACCUGGCCAGCCUGGCCGUGUCCGACCUGCUGAUCCUGGUGCUGAGCAUGCCCAUCGAGCUCUACAACUUCAUCUGGGUGCACCACCCGUGGGCGUUCGGCGAGGCCGUGUGCAAAGGCUACUACUUCCUGCGGGACGGCUGCUCGUACGCCACGGCCUUUAACAUCGCGAGCCUGAGCGUGGAGCGCUACAUGGCCAUCUGUCACCCGUUCAAGGCGAAGAGCGCCAUGUCGCGCAGCCGCACCAAGAAGCUGAUCAGCGGCAUGUGGGCAGCCGCCUUCCUGCUGGCCACUCCGAUGCUCUUCACCAUGGGCGAGCGCACAGUGGACGGAGAGCCCAUAUGCACCACCAUCGUGUCCACGGCAACGGCGAAGAGCGUUCUGCAGGUGAAUGCAUUUCUGUCCUUCAUUGCUCCCAUGGUGCUGAUUUCAGUGUUGAACGGCAUCAUUGCCAGUCAGCUACUGCGCAUGUUCAGAGAAGCUGCCCAGGACAACCGCAUCUGUGUCGUCGGGGGCAACGCCACCAUGCUUAGUGUUGCCGUGGAGCCCAACCGCGCCCAGUCCCUGCGCCAUGGUGUUAUGGUGUUGCGCGCUGUGGUUAUUGCCUUUGUGGUCUGCUGGCUGCCCUAUCACGCCCGACGACUGAUGUACUGUUAUGUCACCGAUUGGACAGACACGCUCUAUGACUUCUACCACUACUUCUACAUGGUCACUAAUGUGCUGUUCUAUGUCAGCUCAGCUAUAAACCCUGUCCUGUACAACCUGGUCUCAGCCAACUACCGGCAGAUCUUCUUCUCCACGCUCAGCUACUUCUGUCUACCAUGCCGGCGUAAGAAGCAAACGCGCAUGCUCACCAGGCACUCCAUCAGCAUCUGCAGCAACCAGACCUUCUCCACCAAUAUCGUCAAAGAGACCGUCUACUGACCAGUAACAGCACUCCAGCGCUCAGACCCUCUGGUCCACUGCAGUGGAGCCGAUAAGUACCUGUAUGAAAUGAGAGAAUGUGUCCAUGUGGGAUUCUCACUCCUCCUUAUGUCUGUAACUGGAAUUCUCCCCAUAGACAGGCAUUGCAGACUAGCUGUGAAAGACACAGUGACAACGUGCAAGAGAAACGGCCAAGAUGUAGCCUUGCUGCAGAGCUUAAUAUACAAUGUGAUGAGAGGAAACCGACAGUUUAAAUGAUGGUGUAAAUAGUGUACAUAUAAUAUUUUGAAUGUACAUUCAGAUUUAUAUAUAUAUAUAUAUAUAUAUCUUAACACAUGAAAUUAUUACACAAAUGAAGAAAUUAUGAAAGGACAAUCAGUAGGGUAUUACUGACAGUUAUAAACUGUGGCUGUUAUACAUAAAGACAUUUAUACAAAACAAUCAUGCAAAAUUACUGUUUAUUUGCUGAAUUUAACAUAUUGGGGGGAAAAAUGUGGCUUGUGCAAAGGUUAUGCCACAUUUUACACUGCAUAUUAGUUUUUUAACCCCCCAAUAUGUUAAACUUGGCAAACAAAUAGACAUCGUGCACCAAAAUUUGCAGAAAAAUGCAUUAAGUGUAUGAAAAUGUGCAGUUAUUUUCACUCACAAAAUCAACAGAACAUGUAAUUCGACCAAAGUGUUCUAACUUUUGCAUACGACUGUAUAUAAACAUAUUUCAGCAUUUCAGGCAAAAGUCCUUUCAGUCACAUCAGCUGUGCUUAACUGAUGAAAUAUUUCUGAUUCAAAGGACUUGAAGGACAUAGGCGAUCGUGAGAGACGUGCACAGAUGCAGAAAAGGAAAUGAAAGCUAUAGAGUUUAUGUGGAGUCACUGAGUCAUUCACUGCCUCACACCGGGCGACUGUGAGCACAUGGAAAUGGCCCAUUAGGAAUUCUUUCCCAACUGACAAAGCACAACAGGGACACCGAAGGCAGACUCUGCCGCAUUGUCCGAUAAUCGUUUUCCUGGCGACGCUUUGCGGCAUUGUUUCUUGCCAUGAUGUCGCCGUGGCAACGCUGCGAGGUUAACAAGGCAGCGUUUGACUGUUCAAAGCGAGAGCAGAGGGAGGAAAGGCCAGCCGUGGGUUUGCACACAGCAGAUCUCUCGCUUCUAGUCACUUUCCCACAACAAAGUCUUGGGUGACUUUCUCUCUGCAGUGCACCGAUUGCCAGGGCAAUGAUGAGCGAGCAACAGUUAUUAACACUGGGUGAGGGAGUUCCCACUCCGUUCACUGCUCUGCUGCGUGUGGCUGUCAUGAUAGAAAACAAAGAAAAAGAACACGAAGGACAAUGAAGAUCGCUCACAAAAGCUGCUCAUCAGUGAGAAACCCAGGCGUGGGCAAAGCUGAGAGGAACUCCAGCUUAAAGAACAGCAAACUUUGAGAUACAGGGUAAUCAGCAGAGCACAGACGAUAAAAAGAAAGAAAUUACAGAGCUUGCUGAUUGGAUGAGGAGUCCUAAAUGAGGCUGGAGGGCUUUUAUGAUUCAGAUAAUACACUUUUGAUCACUGUGGAAAGAAAAAUGCGUGGCUGUUUGAUUCAAAUGGAGAUGCAUCCUGCAGAAAUUUGACCAACUUUGACCAUGCCUGGAUUGGCCCCAUAACUCAAACGAUCUCAUGCAGCAGUCCAUAGGCCUCGUGUUGAUUAAUGGCCCCCAUCCUUUGGCCUGUAACGCAGCAGAGAGGCUUUAGCUGGCCCCAGAAGUGUAAAACACGCCAUUACGAUUCUCUCACAGCCUGCAGCGCUCGCUCAUAUCCAUCUGGAUAAAAUAAUGUAGGAUUAUUCCUCUAAUAGACAAGCGAGAUAUGCGCAGAGGCCAGUUAACACUGAAGGCGAGUGGAUGUGUAGCCUUGCGAGGAAGUGUUUUCCAUUAGAGGAACAGUGUGUGCAGUGGUGCGGGUUAACUGAGAGGUGUGAUAAGAGCUGAGAGAGUGCAGGGUGAGAGCACAACUACCGAGAGAAAGAAAGAACAAGAGGCCCAUAUACAGUGAGGGUGGUAGCAGUGUUUUCAGUGCUGGCACUUUGUAGCUCAGUCAAACAGAAGUGAGUGGCCAGAUGGAGGAGAACAUGAUGUGAGAGGUUGUACACGACUGCUGCCUGCUUUUUCUUCUCAGUGUGUCUGUCUGUCUUUGUACUGAACAAGGUGUGCGUUAGAGGUCUGUACAGUAGGGCUGAAAAAGUCAUCUUUUUACAUCAAAAUUACAUUUAAACAGGGUUCAAAUCACAAGAGCUGCAUAUUUAAUCAUAGUCUACAUUAUCAACAACACUGAGUGCGUUUACAUGCACUUAAUAAUCCGAUAACUGCAGAAAAUCAGAUUGUGUCAGUAAUCCAGUCAACACGUUUACAUGUGAGUAAUCAGGCAACAGGGAAACUCCGGGUCAGGCAGUAAUCAGAUUUCUGUUGUACAACCAGCCAAUAAACUCACAGAAGACGACGUGAUGUAAACGUAAGGUAAACCUCAAACUUCAUGCCACGACUUUUUUUUAAAAGCACAACUUUACUCGAAAAUAUGAACUUAUAUCAUCUAGAAUAUUUAAAUUCUUUCACUACGUUUGGUUUCAGCACCGCUUUUCGGUCUGUUUCCGCACAUGUGCAGACUGAGAAAUCCGAAAGAAAUCAGAGUAAGAGUUUAC